UAUGACUCAAAUCCGGAACACUGGAUGUUGGAAGCGAUUCCUUUGGAUGAAAAGUGCUACAGCCUUAAUGAGCUGCAAAGUCGAAUAAACUGCAGUAUAGAACGUUUCGAUGAGGGCUGCUUCAUGGAUCCCGAGCAAAACGGCUACAAACGACUACGGGGUUCUCGGCGGAAACUACCGGUCUGCAUUUGUGGUGAAGACUACUGCAACACACAGGAAAAAAUCUUGGAUGUUUGGAUGGGACAAAACAUUUACAAGCUCCACAAUAAGAAAGACUGUGAUGCUGAGAAGAAAACACCGACGGCUACGACUCCAACGAUCGAGAAAACGAACCACACAGCAACUGAAGCACCAAAAACCACGGAGACCAAUAAGGCAGAAUCAGAAGCAACAAAAAAUGUGAGUACAUCAACUGCAAACACAAUUCUUGCGACAAAUCCAGAUGAAAUGAGCACAGCAGCAGAUUCACAAGAAACUUCUGCUUCCCACACUACGGCAACGGAACGUGUAUUUGUAGCUGCUCCUAGAUUUUGA